GCGGAGGCGGAUGUGGCGUCUCUGAACAGACGUAUCCAGCUGGUGGAGGAGGAGCUGGACCGGGCCCAGGAGAGGCUAGCCACAGCCCUGCAGAAGCUGGAGGAGACCGAGAAAGCUGUGGACGAGAGCGAGAGAGGGAUGAAGGUCAUAGAGAACCGGGCGUCCAAGGAUGAGGAGAAGAUGCACGACCAGGACCUACAGCUCAAGGAGGCCAAACAUGUCGCUGAGGACUCCGACAGGAAAUAUGAGGAGGUUGCUCGUAAACUGGUGGUAAUAGAAGGAGAAUUGGAGCGAUCUGAGGAGCGGGCUGAGGUGGCUGAGAGUCGGUACAGAGAACUUGAAGUAGAACUCCGCACCAUGGACCAGGCCCUGAAAUCCCUGAUAGCAGCAGAGGAGGAGUAUUCAUCUAAGGAAGACCACUAUGAGGACGAGAUCAGACACCUCACCGAGCGGCUGAAGGAGACGGAAAGCAGAGUCGAGUUUGCAGAAAAAUCAGUGGCGAAGCUGGAGAAGACCAUCGAUGACUUAGAAGAAACUUUGGCGGAAGCGAAGGACGAGAAGCUGACUAUUCAGCAGACACUGGACCAGACGUUGGUGGAGCUGAACAACAUGUAACCCCCGGCCCACCCGGCCUCGGUCUUCAUUCUUUUGGCACUUGCACAGUUGUUCCCAUUGGAUGUCAUUGGUCUCACGCUCUCACCCUCCCCGCCACCAGAAACCCUCAAGAUUCUCCCAGAGGAGCCCAAGCAUGAACUGUUAAGGCCCCACUCCGUAUACACCGGGCUCUCCCGGGGCCCCAGGACAGGAAGAAGAAUCUUGGCUCUUUAAUCACAAUGACUGAACAUGACUUAUUGUGACCCGAUCGUAUGUGUAUGAUCUGUGUCCCCUAAUAAAGCCUGGCUCCAUGGAGUCACACAU